GAAGUUCUAACCCUUCAGAACCUGUGGGCUCUGGGCUACCAAGUGAUUGUGUCCUAUGAACACAACAUAGUGAGCUCUCACAGCGACUUGUGGCCUCAUAUUCCUUACUGGUGGGCCAAUAAGUGCAAAGCUGAAGCUCUCAUUGAGGAGUUUGAACGUCGGAAACAACACGACAGACCAGGAGGUUUUUUUGUCACAGGGAUUAAUCUGACCGAGGACCUGAAGUACAUCUGCACGCACCCUACGGAGUCCCUGAAGGACCUGGUGAUGUCCACGUACCCGACGCUGCUUGGCUGGGUCAAAGAGCAGACGCCUGGCUCCAGGGUGGGCUCGCUCAAUAUCAUUGCUGGAGACUUCAUCACAGAGAGCCACUUUGCAGCAACUGUCGUCUCCCUUAAUGAGAAGCUGCUGGAAGGGCCCUCUUGACUUCUGGCCAAUAAACAUUGUUAAUCCACAUUAAAACGUGAAUCACAGCAUGAAAUUCACACAAGCUAGUUUAGUUCAGAGUGAUGAGGAAGAAAACUUGAAUUAUUCAUUUGAACAUAGAUGCAUUUUGUGGAAGCAGCGAUCUGUACAUUUCACUCUCAAAGCUGUUGAAACAGACUUUCUGAGUAUUUCUGACCUGCACUUGUUUGUUUACAUCCAGUUUAUGCAAUGUACUGUAUCACUUUUCACCAGUCAGCAGUGCUGAACACUUUUAUUCUGCACUGACUAAAGCAAUAACAAACUAAUAUCUCCUUCACCUAGGCACUUCAGAUGCAUCUAAGCACAAUUAUUGCAUUAAGUAAGCACACAUUGUUGUAAUGUAGAAGAUCAAAUUUGUACAAUUAUUGUGUUUGCAGUAAUUUUAAGGUGUGGCUGAACUCUGUUGUCUACAGUUCAUGUGAGGACUCUUAGAGACUGUGGUGGCUAGACGGAAGACUUAUGCAAAAUGCAUGUAAAAACUUGUUUGCAUGAACCCAGUACAGCAUUAGCUAAGGCCUUGAGUUUAAGACUAAUGCUACACCACUGUGCCUGUGGAAAUGAGCUUUUUCAAUAAACACAUCUGUUGGAGUGAAUCCAACUGAAUGAAGCUUUGUUUCCAAAAGAGAACAUCAUGCUCUUGGAACUGAAUAAAGAUGAGCAGAACAAGAGCAGGA